AAGAUUCCCGAAUGUUCUGUUGUAAGUGAUACGUCAUCGAGAUGUGACGACUAUAUAUAGACUUGAAGACGUCAUCAUAACGCGACGACGUCGAGCGGAAGUUGUCCAACAAAUAUGGCUGUCAUAACAUAAGUGUAAACAUUCCGAUUUACUUAGGUUUUUAUUUGCCUUAUAAGUUUCGGCGGUAACCUGCCAGAAAACUAAAAGCAGAGCUUUUUUUUUUUUUUUGCGCCGUAUGGCAACGGACGGGGAACCCGAAUGUGUCCACCGGACUCGGGCAUGUCUAUGUGUCCUCUGCGGGCUUCCCGCCGCCGGGAAGUCGUCCUUGUCCCGGACUGUUUGUCUCUCCGCCAGUCGCAGCGGCUGGAGAGCGGCUGUUGUGCACUACGACGAGCUGAUCCCAGAUCAGGCUUUUCACGCCAGAGAGCCAGAGGAGCAAACUGAAUGGAAACUCCACAGACACGCGGUGUUGCAGUGCAUUGAAGAGUUCCUAAAGAAUCCAAAAAUGUCGCUCGAGCUUCCCGGCGGCUGCACGAUCGAGGGGGCUGCGUGGGAACGAUGCAUUCGAUCCCUACCGGAUCCCCCUCUGGGCGACCAGGCACCGCUCCUGUUCCUACUGGAUGACAACUUCUACUACCCGAGCAUGAGAUACGAGGUCUACCAACUGGCUCGAAAGUAUUCACUCGGCUUUUGCCAGGUGCACGUGGAAUGCCGCUUGGAGUCGUGCAUCAGCAGGAACAACAACAGGCCGCACCCCGUCCCCACCGAGGUGAUCGUGGCGAUGGAGAAGCGUUUGGUUCGGCCGAAUCCUAGGAAAAACCAGUGGGAGGCAAAGAGCGUUUCGGUCAACGCGACAGACGACGUUUCGGAAUGUGACGUUCAGAAUGUGCUGGAGUUGAUCGGCUCUGCGCUCAGCGACCCCUUAAGUCCAGUUGAGGACGACACGGAGCAAAAGGAGGCGGACCGGCAGAAAUGUGCCGCCAGCGUGGUUCACCAGGCCGACCAGGCCUGUCGACGUCUCGUCUCUGAAGCUAUGAAGAAAGCCAGAGACAACGGAGUGUCCUCGGAACACAUGAGGUCCUUGGCCGCUCAGCUCAACCAAUCCAAAGUGCAAUUCCUCCAAAACGUGCGCAAACAUUUUCUCCAAGAGGCGCCUUUUAUUCGGGAAGAGGACGCCGACGUGGAACAUGCGGUGAAGAGAGCCGUGGGACUUUUUGACCGCGAUAUAGAGGAAAUACUGUCCGGAAUAAUGACGGUCAAGGACCAAUCAGGAAUGGCGACACAAUUUCAUCAAUAAAUCUAAUGACAAUGGCAUUUAUUAAAACAUGUUUAUGUGCACAAGAUCUACACCAGUGGUUCUUAACCUGGGUUCGAUGGAACCCUAGGGGUUCGGUGAGUCGGGUUCAGGGGUUCGGCGGAGGUCAAGACACACCCGACUCAUCAAGUAAAUAAAAACUUCUCCCUAUCUGCGUAUUACGGAUACGGCAACAGCAGAAGUCAGACUGAUUUGCAGGUGUGUAAUUUGUUGUGAGUUUAUGCACUGUGUUGGUUUUGUUCUUUGAACAAGGUGAUGUUCAUGCACGCUUCAUUUUGUGCACCAGUAAAAAAAAAACAUGGUAACACUUUAGUAUGGGGAACAUAUUCACCAUUAAUUAGUUGCUUAUUAACAUGCAAAUUAGUACAGUGUUUCCCAUAAACUGCCAAGAUACCUGUGGCGGUGGGGGCGUGGCUAUGGGCGUGGUCACCGUGACAUCAUCGAGUAAUUUGCAUAAUUUACUACAAUGAUAUAAUUUUCUCUAA